CUUCCCGCCCUGCGCGGCCCCUCAGCGCCGCCCGCCAUGUUCGCGGAGCUGAACGAGCUGCUCGGGGCCUCCCCGGAGCGCCCGGACGCGGGUAAAUUCACACUGCUGCGAGACACACGGACAGAUGGCAGCUUCCUGGUGCACCACUUCCUCUCCUUCUACCUCAGAGCUGGCUGCAAGGUUUGCUUUGUGGCCCUGCUCCAGUCCUUCAGCCACUACAACAUCGUGGCACAGAAACUGGGUGUCAGUCUGGCAGCUGCCAAGGAGAGGGGACAGCUUGUCUUCCUGGAGGGCCUCAAGUCCUGCCUUGACCUCCUGUUUGGGGAGGAGGAGCAGCCAGGGCAGCCCAGUCCUCUGCAGUUUCUGAGCGGGAGCACCUCUGACCUCCGAGCCUUGUUUGACUUUGUCCGGGUGUCCCUGGCUCCCAGUGCCGGUGAUUCCUGGAAAGGGCCCGUGCUGUUGGUGGAUGACCUCAGUGUCCUGCUGAGCCUGGGGGCUGCACCGGUGGCCGUGCUGGACUUCAUCCACUACUGCCGCAUGUCCGUGUGCUGCCAGCUGAAGGGGAACAUCGUGGUGCUGGUUCACAGCAACGAGGAUUCGGAAGACGAGGAGAAUGAACUGCUUGUGAACUCCCUGUGUCAUCACAGCGACCUCAUCCUGUGGGCAGAGGGGCUGGCCACCGGCUUCUGCAAGGAUGUUCACGGGCAGAUUAAGAUAAUCAAGAGAUUGUCCUUGCGGCAGGCGGGGGAGCAGGACCUGGUCCAGAUCUACCAGUACAAGAUCCAGGACAGGAACGUCACCUUUUUCGCACCGGGGCUGUCGGCUGCGGUCCUGUGACGCUGUCAUCCUGUGACAAUGCCAUCCUGUG